AUGAACCCACUUUUUCUAUCUGGCAUGAAAAUUCAACAAAAUGAAACCAAUCCAGGCAUAAACACACUGAUCAAUGCUUUCUCUUCAAAUGAAAUAGACUGGAAGCUGGUGGCUCGUUGCAUUGCUUCAGUCAUACCAAUCGGUUGCAUUCUUGGUGCUUUUUUCGGAUGUUUAUGUCGAAAAUGUCGUAGAAUUCUUUUUCCAGCCAAUCAUGUUUUGAAAAGCCCGAAUGAAGAAGAAAACGCUUUUAAAAAGCUCUACGACAAGCAAUGUUUAAAAACCGCAAUGGAGGAUGAAAAAAAGGAGCGCCGGGAAAGGGAAGCGAGAAAUUUUAUUCACUCAAAAUCGACGUAUGGUUUCAAUGAAGUGGCGGCGAGUAGGGAUAUGCAAAAUGCCAACAAUUAUGGCUGUCAGCAAUUACGCGAUUGCGGAACUCAAAUGGAAGACCUUCCACAUUUCUCUAUUAUGGAUGAAGUUGGUAAUGAUUUCGGCAGCAUCGCCUCUUAUCAUAGUUGCGAGGAGCCAAGUGUAUCGUUUACGUCAUGU